AUGGCUAUUGGAAAAACCAUAUCUUUGACUAUACAGACUUUGUUAACAAAUUGUAAUUUAUUUUCCCAGUCCUGACUUCUUGGGGCUCUAGACCUGACUUCCUGACUGUCUUACUGUCCCCACUUGAGUGUUUCAAAGAUGUCAGUCUCCACUUGACUUCUUAAAGGUUCUGAAACGGCUCCCACUUCUCCCUGAUUCCAGUCCACUUUUAGUUUUGCCUCUGGGUUUCCGUGGUAGCUGAGACGGCAAAGCAUCUGCCUACAGUGUGGGAGACCCGGGUUUGAUCCCUGAGUUGGGAAGAUCCCCUGGAGAAGGAAAUGGCAACCCACUCCAGUACUCUUGCCUGGAAAGUCCCAUGGACUGAGGAUCCUGGUAGGCUACAGUCCAUGGGGUCGCAAAGAGUCGGAUACCACUGAACGACUUCACUUUCUGUGCUACAUGGCACUGUUUGGUGACGGAGGAUAGAAACCCCUGACUCAACCUUGUAACCUCUGUUUCCUUACACUCCACACGCCAAGUUGCCAGUUUCACAUCUUAAAUGCCUCUCAGGUUUGUCUUCUGUAAUCCACCACUUCCUUCCUAGACCAUAACACCAUCCUCUAUCACUUCUGCUUCAGCUUAGUAGCUAGGUCUUUUUUCACCCAUAUUUCCUAUCCAGUCCAUUCUCCACACUGAACCCAGAGAUGCAGCUCAGGUUAGUCUGCCACCUGCCCAACACACACGCCCUUAAGUCGUUCCAUGACUUCCUUGAACUCUGGGGAUAAAAACCGAAGCCUUCAUAUAGCCCAUCCAUGGGGCCUUACCUGGUGUGGGACGUGUCUAAGUUGCUGCCUUUUCUCUUGCAUGAUCCCAUUGCUCUGCUGUUCACUUCUGUUUCCUUUUGUUUCCCCACCUGCUGCUAGGCUCUUCCCUACACUUUGGCUGGAGAAUGAAUGCUUACCUUUCACGUCUCACAUCAAAUAGCACUUCCUCAGGGAAGCCUUUACCGGGAUUCCCAUCUAGGUCAUUACUUUCCUUCUUCAAGGAGAGUUUCAUGUCUGCCCAAGACCACCUUCAGGCUUGGUGGCACCACAGACAGAGACCGCGAUCCCCAAAGGGAAAGGCACCUAGAAUAAAGUGCUAGAGGAACCGAGCACCGCGCCCAGGUGACUCCCCCGUGCAGUUCCGCAGAGCUGUGUGACAGUGUGCUCAUCAGCGCCAAGGGAAGGUCCCCCCAGCUUCCUGGUCCACAGAUGCCCUUAUGGAGGCUCGCAGCGCCCACCGGACUGACCACAGAGACAGGAUCCGCGGAAGGCAAAGCGUAGUGUAGUCGCAGGCAGACACAACCCACCCUUCAUCAUGAGUCACACUGUUAGCAUAAACCUUCUGGUCUUAAUGAUACAGUGGGACCCACAGACAGACAGAGAAAUCACUCUUGCCAGGCAAGACCGUCUAAGGACGCAGAGGUGAUCUUGCAGCUGGUGAAGGUCAAGUCUUUUUUUUUUUUUUUUGGCCAUGCCACUUGGGAUAUUGUUUCCCUGGCCAGGGAUGGAACCCAGACCCCAACCGUGAAAGCAUUGGGAGUUCCCCCCCAGGUACAUUUUAGAACAUGUUCAGGAGCAAACGAGAACCUCCAUACAAUGGCUGACAAGGUUCUACACAGUAUGUCUCCAGUUUUCCCUGCAAGUUUAUCUCGUACCACUCUAAUCCCUGCAAAUUAAGGCUAAGCCACACUAGCCUUGCUUCUCCUCAAACACCCCAAUACUCUCCCAACCCAGGAAUGUCUUUCUCAAAGACCUAGGGGUCUGAUUCUAUGAAAUGAAAUCAUCAAAGGAGAUAGCAUCUUUCUGUCACAGUGGCUCAGAUGAUAAAGAAUCUGCCUGCAAUGCAGGAGACCCGGGUUCGAUCCCUGGGUCAGAAAGAUCCUCCUGGAGAAGGGAAUGGCAACUCCAGUAUUCUUGCUUAGAGGGUUCCAUGGACAGAGGAGCCUGGCCGGCUAAGAUCCAUGGGGGUCACAAAGAGCCAGACACAACUGAGUGACUGUCACUCAGAUAUUCCAGUUUCUGGUGGGGCAGGGGUGAGGGCAGGAGCCCAGUUUGCUCCAAGUAGCAAAACUACCCCCUGUCAUAUGCGAACUUAGUUUUCCCCUAUAGAAAGCCAGUGUAACAGCAAGUAAUCACCCCCAUUACUGGGUUAGUGUAGCAUGAACUAUGUGUUACAAAUGGUGCUGUCCUUACUUUAUAGGACUAAUUGUUUAUUUGAAAACAUAUGUAAUGGGUUGUAUCUGUUUGGCUCUAUGAAGGGGUGAGUUUUCUUCUUUGAAGUCUCUUAACAACUAUCUGUCAUGCGCAUCACAUUCUGGUCUAAUGCUUAUACAACAUUAAACUAUUUUAUUUCUUUACGUCUUUGCAGUGAGGCUUUUCUGAAUGGGGAGGAGACUUUUUUUAAAGAUUAUAUUUCCCCAACAAUUUACCCUAUUUCCUGUCUAAAAGAGAUCAGUUGCAAUUGUUUUUAAAUUUCUGUAUAUGUCAAACAAAUAUGUGGGUUGAUUUUAUUAUUUGAGACCCAAAGUGCAAACCAAUUACUGAGUCCAACAAAGAGAGUUGACCCUUGAACAACAGGGGUUUGAACUGCUUAGGACCACUUAUAUGCAGAUUUUUCUUCCAAUAUACUAUAGUACUACACCGUCCUGGGUUGGUAGAGUCCUUCCCUGGAUGCAGAAGCAAGGAUACAGAGGAAUGGCAAAUGCUGAUGAGACAGGCUAGGACCCUUGCUGCAGUACUUUCAGCUGGACAAAACAUCUCCAGCAACAAAAUACAAAGAAACUAUCAAGGACUAAAAAUAAUUGCUCUUAUGUGCAGAUUAUGAGCAAUAAGAUACAAAAAGACCAAAAACUCAACUGCCAUUUCUGAGGAGCUGGGAACAAAAGGAGGGUACUGGGAGCAAAACCAGUGUACUGGCAUGCUCGCUGCACACAGCACCCCCAGGGGGUGGUAGACAACCUAAGCCACGUCUCCAUCCCCACCCCUGGGCCCACCCCUACCCUCACCUGGUUUAAGAGACCAACUCGCCCCUCACCCUUCAGGGAGUGAGUCAGGGAACCUGUUAACUUGUUUUCUCCCUCCUGCAGCAGUCUUGCCUAUGAAGUCUUGCCUGAAUUUCUCCUCAGGCCUCUUUGUUAUCACCAAGGUCAUGACUUUGUCUGCCCACCAAUGCUAGAUGAAAAAAUAUGGAGACAGAGUUUAGAGGAUAUAGAAAGAUGGCUUUAAUUCUCUGCCCGGUGAGGGGGGAAUACAGCAGGCUAGCACCUAAAGAGCUCUUUCAGGCCCGUCAAGUUUCUUCUCUAGCCUAUUCACUGUUCCCUUUACUUUUGUUCUUAGAGGAGGAAAAACCUCAUUUCUAUUUUUUGCACUUCACUCAUCCAUUUCUAUUGAUUAAGGAGUCCAAUAACCCUGGUGGUAAAACCAACGGCUAACCGUAAGUUAUAUGUGGAUUUUUUUCCCUUUUUUUUUUUUUUGUCGAACUACACUACAUGCCACCAACAAGGGGUCUUUCCUGUGGCACCUGCAGUGGAAGCACGGAGUCUUAACCACUGGCCCACCAAGGAAGUCCUGUGUGUGGAUUUUUGACAGUGCUGAAUGUCAACCCCACCCCAGCCCUCGUUUAAGGGUCAGCUGUACUGUAUGGCUGCAGCAGGUCCAGUAUCCAGAGCCCCAACCGCGCGGCGUUUCACAAUUGACGAUUUUGAGAUCGGGCGUCCUCUCGGCAAGGGAAAAUUUGGGAAUGUGUACCUGGCUCGCCUGAAGAAAAACCAUUUCAUCGUGGCCCUGAAAGUCCUGUUCAAGUCCCAGAUAGAGAAGGAAGGCCUGGAACAUCAGCUGCGCAGGGAAGUUGAAAUCCAGGCGCAUCUCCAACACCCCAAUAUCCUGCGCCUGUACAACUACUUCCAUGAUGCCCGCCGGGUGUACCUGAUUUUAGAAUAUGCCCCAAAGGGCGAGCUCUACAAGGCGCUGCAAAGGAGCCACACAUUUGAUGAUCAGCGUACAGCCACGAUAAUAGAGGAGUUGGCAGAUGCUCUGAUCUACUGCCAUGAAAAGAAGGUGAUUCACAGGGAUAUUAAGCCAGAGAACCUGCUGCUGGGGCUUAUGGGUGAAGUGAAGAUUGCAGACUUUGGCUGGUCUGUGCACACCCCUUCUCUGAGGAGAAGGACCACGUGUGGGACGCUGGACUACUUGCCCCCAGAAAUGAUCGAGGGGAGAACAUACGAUGAGAAGGUGGAUCUGUGGUGCAUUGGGGUGCUCUGCUACGAGCUGCUGGUAGGAAAUCCACCCUUUGAGAGUGCCUCCACUAGUGAGACCUACAGACGCAUCCUCAAGGUAGAUUUAAGGUUUCCUCCAUCAAUGUCUUUGGGGGCUCGCGACCUGAUCUCCAAGCUUCUCAGAUUCCAACCCUUGGAGAGGCUGCCCUUGGUCCAGGUCUUGGAGCACCCAUGGAUCCGGGCCCAGUCUCAGAGGGUGCUGCCCCCAUCUGUUCAUACGGCUUCCUGAGCCCUGUCCACCCCUACCCCUUUGGGAUUGCCCAUGGAGCACCGUUGGCUCUGGUAUCUCACUUGUCUUUUGUUUCUUCUCUUUUAAGAUGCAUCAUUUUAUUAUCAUACUUAAUAAAAGUUGAAUCAUUUUG